AUGGCCGAGCCACUGCUAAGCAGUGCGCAGAUCAACGCGCUGCGCGACGCAGAGCUCGAGCGCUGGAAGACGCAGGAGACCGCGGCCGACCUCAUGGUGCCGCUCAUCGGCCGCCUCUACCGCGAGCACAAUGUCGUGACGGUGCUCUUCGACAAGGGCCUCGUGCACAAGAACAGCAUCGAGCUCAUUAAGCUCCACAACUUUGUCUGCAAGUACGUGGGCAAGCGCCUGCAGCCCAGCGACACGCUCGUAGUCCUCCAAGCGCUCGUGCAGCACGCGCCCCACGCGCACGGCCUGCGCAUCGACAUUGGCCGCACGUUCGUCACGGUCGAGCGCCACGUGCAGGACGUGCAAGCGCAGACGGCGUCCGAGGCGCGCGACGCGGCCCUGCGCGCGCUGGGCGAGCAGCUGAACGCAGCGAUGGCGCCGCUGGUCUCGGCCCCGGUCUUGACACCGCACGACGUGAUUCUCUACGGCUUUGGGCGCAUCGGCCGUCUCUUAGCGCGGCUGCUGAUCGAGAAGAGCGGCCCGGGCGUGAAGCUCAUGCUGCGCGCGAUCGUCGUGCGCAAGGGCACGAAGGAAGACCUGAUGAAGCGCGCGAGUCUGUUGCGGCGCGACUCGGUGCACGGCCCGUUCCACGGCAGCAUCACGUUCCACGAGGACGCCAACGCCAUCAUUGCCAAUGGCAACCUCAUCCAGGUCAUCUACUCGGACGGACCGGACAAGUGCGACUACACCAAGUACGGCAUCUCGAACGCAGUGGUGAUUGACAAUACGGGACGCUGGCGCGAUGCCGAGGCGCUGGGUCUGCACCUCCAGUCGCCAGGUGUGUCGAACGUCAUCCUCACUGCGCCAGCUAAGGGCGACGUGCCUACGAUCGUCGCGGGCGUGAACGACCACGUGAUCUCGAGCGCGGACGCGAUUUACUCGGCAGCGUCGUGCACGACGAACGCGAUUGCGCCGACGUUGCACGCGCUGGAGCAGAAGUUUGGCAUCGUGGGCGGCCACAUUGAGACGGUGCACUCGUUCACGAACGACCAGAACUUGAUUGACAAUUACCAUAUGAAGGAACGGCGGGGACGCAGCGCCGUGCUGAAUAUGGUGAUCACAGAGACAGGAGCCGCCGCUGCGGUGGUCAAGUGCCUUCCCUCCCUCAAGGACAAGCUGACGGCCAAUGCUAUCCGCGUCCCCACGCCGAACGUGUCGCUGGCUAUUUUGAACGUGCAGCUCGACCCAGUCAAGGCGGAGGGAAUCACCAAGGAGGCUGUCAACGCAUUCAUGCAGAGAAUGUCGCUGGAUUCGCCGCUGCAAAACCAGAUUGAUUUCGUCAACUCGGCUGAGGUCGCGUCGUCGGAUUUCAUCGGCAGUCGUGCUGCUGGCACUGUGGACGGCAAGGCCACGAUCGUCGAUGGCACCAAGGUCAUUCUGUACGUGUGGUACGACAACGAGUUUGGCUACAGCUGCCAGGUCAUUCGUACCCUGCAGCGCCUUGUGGGCAUCAACCACACGCGUUUCCCGGCAAAAGAGCAAGCGGAAGAGGUGGACAGCUCCCUCAAUCUUACCUGGGCCAUCUAG